UGCGGACUGGCGAUGCGACGAUGAACCUCGCAGACCACACUGGGCUUGAGUAACUGCUUUUAGGGUUAGGUUGCGAGAAAAGCUGCAGGUGACAGGAGUAGUGCGUCGUGGGAGAGAGUAUUGCGCACGUGUCUUUAAUCACGAGAAGAAAUCGAUAUGCAGACAUUGGAUCGAUUUUAUAAAUGAGUGACCUUGUUUUCUGUAAACAAAAGUAGGGAUUUGUACUCCGUAUUAAAGCGAUCAUCAUAUGUAUCGUCUUUGUCAAUGAUUUUGCGUCGUGCUAUUUGCAAGCGUCAUGAGAAUGUGCAACUGCUGUCCAGAGCUUGUAUGAUUCAGUGGGAUGAACAGUUGUUAGCAUAUAUUUCUAUCAGGAUCGGUGGCCAUUCUCACGUGUGCUGGACUAGGUCUUGGCUUGUUGCAGGCUUUAGUUAGUUGAUAGUUUGAGUAAGGUAGUGAAAAGGGAGGUGAAAAGCGAAGGCAAGAGGAAAAGAUGAGCGUUGGGUCAGCGUCAAGCAAGAACACAGAACCGUGCCUUCAUGUGCGGCGGGAGGCGUUUGAGUAUGGCAUACUGCCACUGCCAAACCUUUUGCAUAGUGAUGUUGUCUCUGGAUUGAAGAACCUCCGUGUCAAGUUGUUUCAGGAGGCUCCUCCUAUUUCAACAUGGGCUUUGAGCAUCAAUUCCAAUGCUUCGUAUACCGUUCCAGCUUCGGGGGAUAGAAAACGAGUGGGUACAGAAGGCAUAGCGGCAGCGUUGGAGGUUACGGAGGCGCAUGCUCAUUUGGUGCUUGACACCCUAGCGUCUGUUUUGAAUGAUGGGGGAGAAGCCGUGGAUCUCCUGGCAACUACCCCGGUGACUGAAAUCGAUUCCGUAGGUGCCGAUGUCGAUGAUCUACUGAUAUUUUUGUAUAUUCAAACUUACCGAAGAGUUCCUUCCCGACCGCAUCGAGACGCUGCAGACGUCGCUGAUGUUUGGCCUUCCACUUCCGCAAUCGAUGGAUUUCUUCCUGCCUUGUCCCCCCUACAGGUUAGAUCAUCUACAGUGUCUCGACGGUCAAUGCCGAGCCAAGCAGAAGAGGAAGUCAAUCAGCUGACGUACGUGCAAAAACACUUGCCGAAUCUUCUUAAUCUUUUAGCAGAGACAGCAGAAGAGAACAGCAAUAAUAAGGUUAUCACAGCUGAGCAGUUCGAGCAUCUAGGACUACUUCUGAAAGCAAAGAACGCCGCAUCAGAGUUGGUGAAUUUGAGUCAGGCAGCCCCCUUUUUCGCUAAUUCAGAUCCAGAUAUGCCAGCAGCUCCUGUGCCUGUAGGGCAAGUUUUGGAAUGGGUUCAACAGCACAUAUGCGCUGCUUCAGAGAGUCUAAGAGAGACCUCUCUGGGAAAAGACGAAAAGGAAGUAAUGGAUGUUAAUCUUGCAGAGAGCUUGGCUUCUGAGGCUGCAGAUGUAACUAUGGCAGACGCAACAGCUGGUCCUGUUAGUCCAACACCGUCCAGUGCCCGAACUAUUCUUGUGCCGAAUGGAGUAGUACAUUUGUCUAAUAAUUGGCAACCAGAGGGUGUGACGUUUGUGGAUGGGGUCAUGAAGGCAUCCGUAUUGAAAAGAGAAGAUGACAUCCAAGGGGAUUCUGUGAAGGUGGCUCAUUGCCAUGAUUCAGUUGUGUAUGUACUUGCACCACUGAAAUACGUAUCCGUGUUUGGCUGUUCGGAUUCCAUUGUUGUACUGGGAGCUGUUGGAAAGGCAGUAAGAGUGGAGUACUGCGAGAGAGUUCAAAUAAUUGUGCCAACAGCUCGUAUAACUAUCGCUAACUGCCGUGAGUGUGUUCUCUAUCUUGGAGUGAAUCAACGGCCAUUGUUCACUGGGGAUAAUCACAAACUUCAGGUGGCUCCAUACAAUACGUUCUAUCCAAAAUUGGAAGCUCACUUGGCACAGGUUGGGGUUGAUGCGACAGUGAAUAAAUGGGACAGGAUACUUACUUUAGGGACGGUAAAUCCUCACGACGCCUUCAUUCAUCCUGCUGGCUCUACGGAUGUUCAAUCUGAGGGCGCAACACUGCUCCAACCAGAGAAAUUCGUGACAUUUUCGGUUCCCAAAUGGAAUGAAGCUGAUUCUGAGCAGCUUCUUACCCGGGCAAAUCCCUUCUUAUUGCCCAAGCCAUAUCUUCUUGCUCAACAGCACAGGUGUAAGGCAGCUGAAACCUUGAAGCAAAAUCUGAAGACUGCAUUACUCGAGGAUGGGAAGGAACGGGAACUAAUUUCGGCUAUUCAAGGGCAUUUCCGCGAUUGGCUAGUUGCCACUGGGAACAUCCGUCAAAUGUAUGGCCUCCAAGCACUGGAUAGGUUGGACCGCAGCAGCAGCAUGGAGUAAAGUUCUGGACUGAGAUUUAUCCACCUGUAGUUUUUGAGCCCCUGUUCAUACUUCAGCUGGUUGUUUCAAUAUCUGUUCAUGUGUUUAUAUGUUAGGUGGAGACAACCAGGUUGCAUGAUCUUUUCUGUUGGCAGCUCGUGCAACUCAGACUUCAGUGAGGCCUAUAUAUGGGAAGGUUUUGUAAUGUCAGUAGUGCACAACCCAUCUCCAGCAGAAAUCUGUUUCUUAUUUGUCGAGGCCAGUUGUAUUUGAGGGACAAAGUAGAGCGAACAUACUCCAUUCCCAACAGAAAGAGGUAGAGAGGAUGUAAUUGGUAGUUUGGAAGAGGUUUAGGUUUCUCAUGUAGUAGGUAGAAACUGUGACCUUCCAAAGCAGCCACAAAAUUAUUUUAGUGACUGACACUUGGGUCUUUGGUGUUUUACAAAGCCUUGGGAAAGCAUUUGGACACGCAUAAUAACAUGCACCGCACAGACCAGAGUGCAUGUGGUUAAUACAACACUACUGGACGUUCCUGGUUUGCAGA